AGCAACUUAGCAGCAAGGCUUCACAAACUCUUAGCUGCAUCCCUUAAUCAUGACUGCAUUUCAGACAGGUUAAAAGGAGUCUGAGAAGAUCAUGGGGAAUUCUUAUGCAGGGCAACUAAAAUCUGCCCGUUUUGAAGAAGCUCUUCAUAACUCUAUAGAAGCUUCUUUAAGAUGUAGCAGCGUCGUCCCACGGCCCAUCUUCUCACAACUGUACCUGGAUUCAGACCAGCCUCCUUUCUUGCCGGAAGAUGUGAAACCAAAGGUGGAAGAGUUGGAUAAAGAGUUAGUACAUCGCUAUUCACAAAAUGGAAACCUGGACUUUCCUACCAACCAAGCUGUUAAUGAAAUGGAAGAUGAUGAGGAGGAUGAAGACAUGUCAGAUUCAAGUAGUCCACCAAUUCCAUAUGCACAAAAACCUGCCCCAGAAGGAUCUUGCACUACUGAUGGUUUUUGUCAAGCAGGCAAGGAUUUACGGUUAGUAUCUCUGUGCAUGGAGCAAAUUGAUAUCCCAGCAGGCUUCCUGUUAGUCGGAGCCAAGUCUCCAAACCUUCCUGAGCACAUUCUAGUCUGCGCUGUUGACAAGAGGUUUUUGCCAGAUGAUCAUGGAAAAAAUGCACUUUUAGGAUUUUCUGGGAAUUGUAUAGGCUGUGGAGAAAGAGGAUUUCGGUACUUCACAGAGUUUUCCAAUCACAUCAACCUGAAAUUAACCACUCAACCAAAGAAGCAGAAGCACUUAAAGUACUACCUAGUAAGAAGCUCCCAAGGUGUACUGUCAAAGGGACCCCUUAUUUGCUGGAAAGAUUCUUCAGUAUUCAGUCCAGCAAAAUCAUCUUCUGCUGUUAACUUAAGUGGAACUCAAGACCCAUCCCGGAACAAGAACAUUGUGAAACCGUUGGCUUUGUCUGUACAGCUUGUAGGAAAGGCAUUUGCUGCAGCUCCCCUUUCACUGCGUGCCACGGAUGUUGCUAAUGGAAACGCUAAUGGAGGAAGAAACAAUUUAUUGAGUUCUACACUCUCUCGCCCUGUGCCUCACUCAACCUCUCCUAGCCCCAGCUCUGCAGCUGGAGACCAAGCUUCAAUGUCCAGUUCUGGGCCACCAAAGAAGCGUCACCGAGGAUGGUCUCCUGGGUCCCCAGUGCCACCUCCUGGUUUAGUGGUACCUGUUCCUACAAUUCGGACUUCAGCAAGAACAGAGCCUCUUUUGUCAGUCCCAGUUCCUCAAUCCAUGUUAACUGGAAUUUUACAGCCUCAACCCAUCCCAGCAGGGGAGACUGUAAUAGUUCCUGAAAACCUGCUGAAUAACUCGGGAGUCAGACCAGUGAUUCUCAUAGGCUAUGGCACUUUACCUUAUUUCUAUGGAAAUGUUGGUGAUAUUGUUGUAAGUCCCUUGCUGGUGAAUUGUUACAAGAUUCCGCAGCUGGAGAACAAGGAUUUGGAUCUCCUGGGCUUGACCAGCAGUCAGUUGUUAAGCGUGGAGAAUAUGAUACUUUUAACUAUUCAGUAUCUUGUCCAACUAGGUCCUGACCAGAUACCCCUCAGGGAAGAAUUUGAGCAGAUCAUGUUGAAAGCUAUGCAGGAGUUCACUCUGAGAGAGCGAUCCUUGCAGAUGAGUGCACAGUGUGUCUCUGUGUCACCAGGUCAACUCCCUUGGCUUGCUAGGUUAAUUGCGAGUGUUUCCCGGGACCUGGUGCAUGUGGUUGUUACCCAGAACUCCCUGGCAGAGGGCAUCUCGGAGACUUUGAGAUCUCUUAAUGAAAUGAAACAUCAGCAAAAGCUACCAGAUUACGUAGUUGCCAUUUGUGCAUCAAAGAUUAGAGGAAAUGAAUUCUGCGUAGUAGUCCUAGGUCAAUAUCAGUCUAGAGCACUUGCGGAAAGCAUGCUUACAACCAGUGAAUUCUUAAAAGAGAUCAGUUAUGAGCUCAUCACAGGGAAAGUUAGUUUCCUGGCAUCACAUUUCAAAAAUACAUCUUUAGGUGAUGAUUUGGACAAGCUGCUAGAAAAAAUGCUGCAACAGCGAGGAGAAAGUGUCAUUAUUCCUUUUAAUGGAGACGUUAGUGAGUGUGUGUCAUCUCAGGAGGCGAUUGCCAUGGUUUCUACACAAGAACCAGAUUUGGAUGUUGAUACCUUCCAAAUUUACCAGCCACAGCUUACAGUUGCAAGAAAGCUCUUGUCCCAGGUUUGUGCUAUAGCAGACAGCGGCAAUCAAAGCCUGGAUCUUGGCCACUUCAGCAAAGUAGAUUUCAUUGUUGUAGUUCCACGUUCAGAAGUCCUGGUGCAGCAGACUCUUCAACGAAUUCGACAAUCAGGUGUCCUUGUGGACCUGGGCCUAGAAGACAAUGGAACGGCAUAUCAGAGAGCUGAGAAAUAUGUGGUUCGGCUAGACAAUGAGAUUCAAACAAAAUUUGAAAUUUUCAUGAGACGAGUGAAGCAGAAUCCAUAUACGCUGUUUGUGCUGGUUCAUGACAAUGCCCACGUGGAUUUAACAAGUGCCAUUUCAAGUUCCCUGUCACAUGGUGAGCCUAGUCAUGGUCUGGCUGAUAGAGUUAUUAAUUGCAGGGAGGUCCUUGAAGCAUUCAACCUCCUUGUUCUUCAGGUCAGCUCUUUUCCUUAUGCCUUGCAAACGCAGCAGUCCAGGAUCAGCUCUAGCAAUGAGGUACAUUGGAUACAAUUUGACACUAUGGAUGACACAGCAAGUGAAGACAAGCUGUACUUUGGCUUGAAUGAAUACAGCAAGUCCCUCCAAUGGGGAGUCACAAGUCCCCUUUUGAGAUGUGAUGAAACCUUUGAAAAAAUGGUCAAUACGCUUUUAGAAAGGUACCCCAGGCUGCACAGCAUGGUGAUUCGCUGCUACCUUCUCAUUCAGCAGUAUUCCCAGGCACUGAUGGCCCUCACAACCAUGGCCUCGCUCAGGGAUCACAGCACACCCGAAACACUCAGCAUAAUGGAUGACCUCAUCACUUCACCCGGAAAGGAUAAGAAUGGCUGCGGCCACAUGCUUGUCAUUAGGGUGCCGUCUGUGCAGCUAGCCAUGCUGGCCAAGGAGAGGUUACAAGAAGUAAGAGACAAGUUAGGUCUGCAGUAUCGUUUUGAGAUCCUCCUUGGGAAUCCUGCUUCAGAACUUACUGUCGCAAAACAUUUUGUGACACGGUUAAAGGCUUGGAGGGGAAAUGAGCAGGAAGACUGGAUUCCUCGCACCUAUCAGGAUUUGGAAGGUCUACCUUGCAUUGUUGUUCUAACUGGCAAAGACCCUCUGGGAGAAACUUUCCCCAGGUCAUUGAAAUACUGUGACCUUCGCCUAAUUGACUCAAGCUACUUAACUCGGACUGCAUUAGAGCAAGAAGUAGGCCUGGCAUGCUGCUAUGUCUCGAAGGAGGCAAUUCGAGGGCCUGUUGUAGCUCUUGACCUUAGUGAGAAGGAACAUGAGAAGGUUAAUGGUAGCGAGAAUGACUCUGAUGAGCUGCUGAUAGACUUGGACAGACCCCAGAGUAAUAGCAGUGCUGUCACUGGAACCUCAGGUUCCCUGGCUGACAAUGGUGUGAGCUCCUCAAGUGCUGCAGACAAAUCUCAGAAACAAGCACCAUCGUUUAACUUUCAGACUGUAGCACACAGCUCAGUAGAUGAGGGAACUUGCCCUGGUUUCACAGCUGGAGAUACCCUGAAACAAGAAUGUGACUCCCUGGGAAACCAGAUGGCUAGCAGCACCACUUCUAAAUUGUCAUCCCUGUCUUCUGUCUCCCAGACAUUUCGGUGGCCUGGCCAUUCAGCCAAAGAUGGCAAGGCCCUCCGUGCUGCCUUGCCACGCAUUGUCAUCCUGUCAAAAGCUGCUUACUGCCUCCUGAGCUCACAGAAAACUGGGAAUUUGCCUUCCUCUUCUUCCCUCUUGCCUCAUGCUGAUGUGUCAUGGCUGAGCUCCCUGAGGCCUUUGCUUCACAAGGACAUGAAUAGUGAAGAACAGUCUCUCUACUAUAGGCAGUGGGUGACAGCCCGACAGCACCAUGCAGACUACAGCAAUCAGGGUGAGACAUCUGGCUCAAGGAAUUUUCACCCCAGGCGGCUGCUUUUGACAGGACCACCACAAGUGGGAAAGACUGGCUCAUACUUGCAGUUCCUAAGGAUUCUUUUUCGCAUGCUGAUCAGGUUGCUGGAAGUAGAUGUUUAUGAUGAAGAAGAGAUUAAUACCAAUCAUACAGAAAACAGUGAAAUUACUCAAUCUAGCAAUGACCACUGGCCGGAUAUUGAGAUCUUCAGCAAAAUGUCUUUUGACCUGAGUGUGCAUGACCCCAAGUACAGAACUAUAAGUCCGGUAUACACAGAACAACUGUCAAAAUUGAAACAAGAAACAAGCAAAGAAACAAAAUCAGAGGAACCUAAGAAAAGAGAGACAGUGUCCAUGAUGUUGACAAAAUAUGCAGCUUACAAUACAUUCCAUCACUGUGAGCAGUGCCAUCAGUAUAUGGAUAUUAAUCCUGCAGCACAGGUAUCUGACUCCACCCUGCAUGCAUUCACAUUUUCGUCCUCAAUGCUAGGAGAAGAGGUUCAACUGCAUUUUAUAAUCCCCAAGUCUAAAGAAAGUCAUUUUGUCUUCAGCAAGCAAGGAAAACAUCUAGAAAGUAUGCGUCUCCCUCUUGUUUCUGACAAGAAUUUGAAUGCAGUCAAGAGUCCUAUCUUCACUCCAUCUAGUGGGCGCCAUGAACAUGGCCUCUUGAACCUCUACCAUGCCAUGGAAGGCAUCAGCCACCUUCACCUCCUCGUAGUCAAGGAGUAUGAAAUGCCACUGUACCGUAAAUACUGGCCCAACCACAUCAUGCUUGUCUUGCCAGGCAUGUUCAACAAUGCUGGCAUUGGUGCUGCCAGGUUUCUUAUUAAGGAACUUUCCUACCACAAUUUAGAACUGGAACGAAACCGCUUGGAGGAACUGGGAGUCAAGCGCCAGUGUGUGUGGCCAUUCAUCGUGGUCAUGGACGAUUCCUGUGUGCUGUGGAACAUGCACAACGUCCAUGAACAGUCCAGUCAGUCCCUGGAGCCUGAGGGUUCCAGUAAGAAUGUGUCUCUGAAGAGCAUUCUCCAGCACAUUGAAGCCACCCCCAAAAUUGUUCAUUACGCGAUACUGGGUGUUCAGAAGUGGAACAGCAAGCUGAAUGCCAGGAAAGCCAAAGCUCCAUUCUCAAGGUGCCACGUGCAUGAUUUUAUACUGCUCAACAUAGACCUGACCCAGAAUGUGCAAUAUGAUCUAAACAGGUAUUUCUGUGAAGACGUAGAUUUUAAUCUGAGGACAAACAGCAGUGGCCUGCUCAUCUGCCGCUUCAACAACUUCAGUGUCAUGAAGAAGCAUAUUCAGGUUGGAGGACAAAAGGACUUUGUUGUUAAGCCAAAAAUCAUGGUUUCGGACACCUUGGCACCGAUAAUGCCUCUACAGUAUGUCUGUGCCCCGGACAGUGAGCAUACGUUGCUGGCAGCCCCAUCUCAGUUCCUUCUGGAGAAGUUCCUUCAACAUGCAACAUACAAACUCUUCCCAAAGGCCAUUCAUAACUUCAAGAACCCCAUAUUAGCCAUCGACUGCUAUCUGAACAUCGGACUUGAGGUGGCCAUAUGCUAUGUUAGCUCCCGACCGCACUCGGUCAAUGUCAGCUGCGAAGGGGUCUUUUUCAGCGGACUGCUGCUGUAUCUCUGUGACUCUUUCGUUGGCGCAGACCUCCUCAAGCGGUUUAGGUUUCUGAAAGGUGCCACCCUCUGCGUCAUAUGUCAAGACAGAAGCUCCUUACGGCAAACAAUUGUCCGCUUGGAGCUGGAGGACGAGUGGCAGUUCCGCCUUCGAGACGAGUUUCAGACUGCGAACAGUAGUGAUGACAAACCGCUCUAUUUUCUUACUGGACGCCAUGUAUAAGCUUUGAUAAGACGUCGAUAACAAAAAAGAACUUUUUUUAAAAAAAGUACAAUCACAGUGGAGCAAAGUGCAACCAAUAUUUAUCUAGACUAUUCUAAAGGAUUCCCAAAAUUCUAACAUAGGCUUUAUUCUUAGGUUAAAAAAAAAAAAAAUCACAUCAGUUUAAUUUAAAGGACUGUGGAUUAAAGUUAUAUUCACAUCCGUCACAAUCGAUGACACUAAUCACACAGCCAGCCAAGUUGUAGGAUAUAGGAAGAGAACAUAAUUUGGUUGAAGAUUUUUUUUAUAUAUAUAUAUUCAGCUGAGCGAGGGGAAGAAGCUGCUUUUAGCAUCCGCUAGCUUGAAUGUGUUGUAUGAGACUCAACAUAGCAUAUGGAAUUUAUUGAAGAUACGUGGGUUAUGUGGAGGAGAGCCCGCUGUUUCUCUUCAGACCUGUACUUUAGUACAGUAAUACUCAGGGGUUUGAAAGUACAAUAUAACUUAGCUAUUUGUAUUAAAAGGAAUAGUCUUGUUCUUUGUGCAGUGUUAGUUUAAAAUUUGUAAUUGUGUAUGUAUUGAAACUGUCUUUGGCAAAAUUUCCACAGGUGUUUAAAGUUUACUACUUAAACCCGAACAAAUCAGUAAAUGCAUGGCAGGCACUGUGCACACAGGUUCUCACAGCAGCAUAAUUUUCACCCCAUUAGUUACCUCCUCCUUGACUCCAGGGAUGAAGUGAAUUGCCCACGCAGCGAACAGGCCUUCUUACAGAUGCUCUCGCUUCAGCCAGAGUUCAGAAUAGCUUGACAGCAACGUAUCGCCAGUUUUCACUCUUGUCAAAGCUUUUAAAAUUUGUGAUUCAUCCUCCUCUGGGUAUGGAAAUUAGUUCUGCUGCACAUCAAAUGCCUCUGUGGUGGGCUUUAUGCAAUUUACUCUACGUGUCCUUUUUCACUCAACUCCAACUGGCUGCAGGCCUAAGAUCAGAAAAACUUUUUCUUUCAAUUCAUAACUGUAUGUGAAUCAGAAAAUGCCAAAGUGCGCAGGAAGGCAGUGCUGCCUGAGCUGGGUUUGAGAGACGUACGAGAGUCUGAAACUGGGCAUGUUUUACGAUGCCCAAUGGCAUGUGGGGGGAGAGUUCCUUGUGGGCUGGGACUGCGCAGAAGAGACUCUGUCCAGAAGUAAAGAAAGAUCUUUCUUUGAAUGCAUCACCUAAUGCUGUUGGUCCUUCUGUUUGAAUUAACUUUAAAUAUUGGUUGUCGAGCUGGUCAGGCAUUGUUCUUACAAACAUAGUACAACGUGUUGCUGAGUCUUGUUAAGUUGUUGCAGAAUGAACUUGGUGCAGCAGAAUUUGGUUGUCAGGGUUAAAUCAGAGUGGUAUUGUUUUACUUGGGCAGUUAACACCGGUUACCCAACUGAUAUUUCUGUUUAUUAAUGAAAUAAAAAAAAAAACCUUCCUGCUCAUCAUGAUCCCCUUACCAAAAAGAAAAAUGCAACAGGCUUUUAAGAUUAAUAUUCCUGAAUCAAUUUACUCCCUGAAAAUGCAGGGAAAUCAACAUCUCUCUUUACUUGACCUGCAGCUCAUCAGAGCAGGACCUGCCAAAGCUGCAUUUUAAGCAUCAUAGUGUUAAUUGAGCAACCUUUUUAAAAAAAAUCUUAAAGAGAUGUUUACAAAUGAAAAACAUUAAUAUAUUAGACUGAGGUUAAAGAAAUGGUUUGCAUAUGUCUGUGUUAAUGUAGCUUAAUUCUGAUGCUGUAAAUUUAGCAACUUUCAUAUGAACAACCUCUUUCUUUAGAUUUAUUAUUUUUUAUUUUCCUUCACACACAACCUGCCUUUUAUAGUCUAACACUUGGCAGAGGUAGGGAUGUAAAAGAUGCUUCUUGAAGCUUUUGCUAUAUACCUGAAUGUAUUCCAUUAUUUCUGGUUUUGCCAGAAGGGCUUAAGGUUGACCCAGAGUUUUAGUUUGGUGUAAAAUUUCCAGGUAUGAAGUGUUCAGAAAUGGUUUCCUUUUUGUGUAUUUGAUGUUUGCACUACGUUCUUAAAAUUCCAGGUGCUGAGACUACUAUGAUGAGUUAGUCCUCUGGUGAAGCAGUGCAAAAUUGUCCUCAAGAUUGAGAAUUAAAUCAGAAAGUCAGCAUAUUUGCCUUCCAUUACCAAAUAAGUGUAAAACAACUUCUGAAACUCUUUCCCAUGCCAAGGCAAGGAGUUUUCAAAGUAUAUUAAAAAAAAAAAAAAACUCAAAAGUUGUAGGCCUGUCUAGUUCAAAAUUUUCGCUUGCUUCUGGGAUUCCUGGAAAGGAGACCAUUUAUUCUACAACUAGAUUAUUGCUAUUCCACUUUGAUUUUAAGCCUCACCAUCAAGGCCCUUCUUAUGAAUGUAUUACAUUGGCCAGCAUUAUGUUUUACCUGUAGAUGUUAUUGUCUAUUCACAGGUUAAAUUUGAAUGUAAACUAAGAUUUAAAGAAUCAUAUUCAGAUGCUUUUUGCUUAACUUAUGUAAUUGCUUUUUGCGACUUUUGGAAGAGGGUUAAAAAAAAUGUUGCUUUCCUAGUGUAAAGUUUUCUUAACCAAAAACUUGGUGAAUUUAGCUUCACUAGUCAGUCUACCUCAUGUUAUUGUUUAUGAACUGAAACUGUCUGCAGUUGUGGCUAUGGUAUGUUUAUAAUGUGCUUUCAUUAAAUUUGAAUAUAU